GCCAAUGCUAAUCGAUACAAUAUCGCUUUAAUGCCAACCUUUUCGAACCUCUACAAAUUUAGAAUAAUUAUUGUUAACUUUUGUCAGUUUUAUCAUGUCUGCAAAAAAUAAUAAUUUUGAUAGAAAAAUUAGAACAGAUUUGAACGAUUUCAAAAGUAUUUGGGUUCGUGCAAUUAAGCCUAAUUCAGAAUGGAACGAAAAAGACGAUUUUUUGGAUGUUAUAUAUUGGUCUCGGCAAGUUAUCGGUAUCGUUAUUGGAGUGUUUAUGGGAAUUUUUCCCCUGAAGGGUUUUAUAGCGCUUGCGUUGUUUGCUGUUAUUAACUGUGGUAUUGUGUAUUUCUAUUGCACAAGUUUUCAAUCUAUUGACGAUGAAGCGUAUGGUGGAAUGUGGGAGAUAAUCAAAGAAGGAUUUAUGACAUCUUUUGCCUGCUUUCUAGUGACAUGGAUUAUUUUUUAUACUGGCAUUCAUUUCGAUAAUGUGUCACAAAAAAUUAUGCAUUAAGCUAAGCAUUAUCAAAUAUUUAUUAUUAAACUAUUGAAGAAUUUUAUUCGACUGCCACUCUACUUGUCUCUUAUGCAACAAAAAUGAAAUCAGAACCUGUUUAAUAAUCAAAGGAGAAAUCAAUCAAAAAUAAUAAAAUCAGAAUUGCUAUUGAGCAAAAUAACUCCAAA